UUUUCAAAAAGAAAAAAAUUCGGGUAAUUUUGUUCAUCGAUUUGAGAGCAUAAAUACAGCAUCCAUUUGUCUCAUCUUCACUUUACUGUUGGAAAAUCUUCGAAGUACCAUCGAUUGUCUUGCUGAACAAAAUAUCUUGGAAAUUUGGACGAAAAUGGCAAAGCAAUUUCUUUACGCAUGUGCUGUGCUAUCAUCUCUUCUAUUUGUUUCGGUGUCGGCAUUUGAUGCAGAAGCAUUCGUGUCAACCACUCGAUCUGGAGCCUUCAGCUUUGUGGAAGCAGAACAACCCGCCAGUGCUAAAGAGUUUGUUGACAGCCAGAUCGCUUCAUUAGCCGUGCCAGACGUUCCAUUAGUCAUCGGCACAGUCAACAGUUUCUUGGCCUCACAUCCCAAUGCUCCCCGUCAAAGAGUUGUUUCCUAUUAUAUGCUUCAUAAAUCAGAUUCGACUGCAUAUACGGCGACUGCAACAGCAAAUUCGAUUGCAAUGGAAAUACCUAAUAUCAGCCAAAAUAGGCGAAACAAAUGGGAAUCAUUUGAAGAUGAACUAUAGAAAUGUAAUGAAGCCGAAAUCAUAAGCAUGUUUUCCUAAGAUUCAAUUCUUUUUAUUCCUCGAUAAUAUAAAUUCAUGACUCUCAUUUUGAGACUACAUUUAUUUAGUUCGAUAUGUAAUGUUCCAAAAUAUAGCCUACAUUUACUUGAAUUCGUGAUAUUUCUAAGCCCUUGAAAUAUAAAGCAGGAGAUUGUGUUUAAAAUCGACCCCCUCACCUUUAUUAUUUCAUUUAUGACUGCAUAGGCGGCGAAAAACACUCGUAUUUGUAAUCUAAGUUGAAAGAAAAUUUCAUAUAAAAUAUUUCAUUCCUCUCCAAAUUAUAAAUUAUGAGGCGAAUAGUAAUUUAAAAGCUGUUUAGUUAUCGACCAAAUAUGUCGUGUUAUUGAAUCCAUUGAUUUUACGAUAAUUCAGAUUCGACUAAUCAAAUUAUAACGAAAUUUAAAACUUCAGGGAAAUUUGUUUCUCAAUCCAAUGACAACUUGCAUCAUGGUGCUUAUUAUUCUGCUUAGCAAAAUUCGACCAAAAUUAGGAUUAAAAAAUUGUAACCGGAUUUGCAACUUCGUAUUUCCAAAAUGUCCUUUCCAAAUAUUACUUUUUUCAGCUCAUUUCAUGUGACUAUUACGACAGAAUCAUUUAUAUCUCAAUUUUUGUAUUUCACGAAUGCAAAUACCGAUGCAAAAUGAGCUGAAAUACAGUAAUUCUAGUAUUGCUGAAACUUUCCUGUGUGAUUAUACCACGCAAAUAUAUGAUUGAUGCAACUAUAA